AUGGAUGCCAGCAACAGCCAACCACCCCCUGUGUCUCUUUUCUUGAAAACCCACAGGGCGGCCUUCCUCGACCCGUUAUCUCCGUGGUCAGCGGGGCCACGGCGGCUGCCAGCCCGUGCCUGGCGAGUGCGUCACCCUCCCGGGCCGGGGAAGUGGUGCAAGAAAGAAGAGGCGCUUCCCCUUCGCCAUCCUGCCCUCCCCGGAUGCCUCGCAUAUUUAGGACGCCGCCCGGCUCCACCCCGCACUCAGCACAGGCGCCGCCGACGGCUCCGGAGCGGCUCCGGAGCACAGGACGCGAGGCCGGACCGGGACUCGCGCCGCCGCCGCCGCCGCCGCCGCCACCUGCCAGACACCAUGCCAGUGCCAGAUCCAAGAGGGGAUGCAGGCCGGUGGGCCAACGCCAGUGCCCGUGCGCGGAUGCCCAACCAGCCGGCAACAACACCCAGGAGGAGGAAACGGAGUUGGUUUUAUAAAUGUUGCCGGUGCUGCUCGGGCCAGGCAGAUGAUGGCGACUGGGGGCCAGCGCCAGGGGAGGUGCCCGGAGCUCGGGGAACGAAUCCCAUCAUCCGUGAGGGGAUGCUGGUAGUCAGCGGCAUCAACAUGAUGAGCGGCCGGGGAGGGAGAAACCGGUGCGACCACCACACAGAUGAAUAUGAAUACGACAACCUCAUCGUCCGCCGCGGGCAACCCUUCAACAUCAAGCUUCAGUUCCAGCAGGAAUAUGACCCCGAAGACCACCGAGUUUGUCUGGAGUUCCUCAUUGGCCCCACGCCACAGACCUCCAAGGGAACGCACAUCCUGGUCCCAAUGGGCACCCGACUGUCGGACAAGAGUUGGGGAGCGGAGCUGGUCGAAACCGAUGGGAACUCCAUGACUCUGAAAGUCACCACUUCGCCCACCGCUGUGAUCGGCAAGUACCAGUUCAGCGUGAAGACGCGGAGCAAGGCGGGCGAAUACCCGGCUCCCUUCGACCCCCGCUAUGAGAUUUAUGUCCUCUUCAACCCCUGGUGUUCUGUAUUUUAUUUGUACCUUGGCCUUUGCCACCAGGCUGGGCUGGGGGCAGUUUCCAACAAUAUUAGAAUUACAGUACCGAUGGCAGAAGUGAGGAUUCCAACCUGA